AUGACCGCCGUGACCACAGCGAAUGUCGCAACGCUCGUCAUCAACAACAUGGACCGCAGCCUGUCGGUCGACAACUACACCAUCUAUGGCCAGAACAUCUACGACAACGAAACUGGCGUCCAAGUCAAGCCAACGAAAAACCCCGAUGGGUCGCUCACGGUGGAAGGCAAGUACACGUGGUACCCGAACGGCACCAUCGCCGCGCCCGGAGUGAUUAUAUACAUCGCCGCCGCGGCCAGCUUCGUGGAAAUCGCGAACACAAAGCUGUAUGGCAAGGGCGGCAUUGCGAGGAACGCCGCGACGGACGCAGUGAUCCCGUGGGUUGAGAAUCCUGACAGCUCUGUCACCGCCGGCGACAUCACCGGUUGGGCGAACGGCACAUUUCGCGGCUCAAAUGACAUCGUGCUGCGAACACGCCUCUCGUUCAAACCAUCGAAUGGCGGUGGAAGCACCGGUAGUGGCGGAGGCACGGGCACCGGCGGUAGCACGGGCACCGGCGGUGGUACGGGCAGUGGCGGUGGCACAGGUACUGGCGGAGGCACGGGCACUAGCGGAGGGAAGGGCACUGGCGGAGGCACGUGCACCAACGGAGGCACGGGCACCGGUGGAGGCACGGGUAUUGGCGGAGGCACGGGAACCGGCAGAAGCAUGGGCACUAACGGAAGCACGGGCACUGGCAGAAGCACGGGCACUGGCGGAAGCACGGGCACCGGCGGAAGCACGGGCACUGGCGGAAGCACGGGCACUGGUGGAGGCACCGGCACCGGCGGAAGCACAGGCACCGGCGGAAGCACGGGUACCGGCGGUGCCACAGGCACUGGCGGAGGCACCCACACGGGCGGAAGCACGGGCACCAACGGAAGCACGAGCACGGGCGGAAGCACAGGUACCGGCGGAAGCACAGGUACCGGCGGAAGCACGGGUACCAGUGGAAGCACGGGCAGCGGCGGAGGCGUGAACCCUGAUGGCAGUGUGGCGUUGGGUGCGGGCUACAAGGUGCUGCUGAACGGCACGGUGGUGGACUCCUCUGGAAAGCCCGCCAAGCCCGUCGCCAACCCCGACGGGUCGUUCACCGUCGACGGCAAGUACACCGCCUUCCCCAACGGCACCAUUGUGGUUGACUUCAUUGGAGCUCUCGUCACACCCACUGCCAACCCGGAUGGGUCGUUCUCUGUUGGCGGUGACUACACUGCAUACCGCAAUGGCACGGUCACUGCUCCUGGUGUUUCCAUCGCCACUGUCGCCGGCGCGCCUGCCUACACAAUUGGCGACACGACGAUGCUGGCAAAUGGCACGGUGCUGGAAGCGGCUGGGAAGCCGAUCAAGCCGACGGUGAAUGCAGAUGGGUCGUUCACAGCGGGUGACAUCACUGGGUUUGAGAACGGCACCCUUGUGGGCGCCAACAGUGCGGUCGUCAACACUGGCAAGCAGUUUGCCAUUAGCCCUGAUGCCACCAUCGCCGUCACCUCUCCUGCACCUGGCUCCCUCCUCGCUCCUGGGUCCAGCCCUGAUCCCACUCCCUUUGACCCCAGCGGUACCCGGGUGUCGUACAACCUAGACGGCACCCUGACUUUCGGACCCGGCUACACCCUCUCACCUAGCGGCGUGACUGACUCCACCAGAGCUCCUGUCGUGCCCACUCUCAAUCCAUGGCUCCUUCACUGUUGGUGGCGACUACACUGCCUACCCCAACGGUACGCCCACUGCUCCCGGUGUUGCCAUCGCUUUGGUUGGCACGGCCAGAUACACAAUUGGUGGCACGACAAUUCUGGCUAA